GUUUGAUUUAAGAAUUUAAAUAUGAAUUGAUAAAAAAUUGCUAUCAACCUUGCAUCGUCAAAGAAAUAAUAUUCAUGCCACGUCUUGGCGUUAUAGUGUUUACAAGUUAGCAUCCAUUUUUUUCAUAGCAGGCUGGCUGCAAAUCCACAAUGUUGUUUCUGUGUUUCACAAUUUUCUUCAUUAUACCGUUCAUAUUUUUCGGCGUGCUACUGUUUGCUACAUUUGUUUUGGUGCCAGCUGCCUUCAUCUUUGCAUCAUGGUUCAUGAAGAUAAAGGAACGCAAGCGUCAACGUAGAAACCGUGAUGGUGCCAAUGUGGCAUUCUUCCACCCAUACUGCAAUGCAGGAGGAGGUGGCGAGAGAGUAUUGUGGGUUGCUAUAAAAGCAGUCUUAGAAAGGUACCCAAACACAAACAUCAACAUUUACACAGUUGAGAUGGCUGAGCCAAAGACAAUACUUGAUAAAGUCCAGAACCAGUUCAAUGUUCAACUGCACUCGGCCAAUAUAAAUUUUAUUCGACUGUCAACGCAGAGGGUGAUUGAAGCUAAAAUGUAUCCGUACUUCACACUGCUACUUCAGAAUUUGGGCUCGAUGAUCAUGGGAAUGGAAGCAUUUAUGAAAUUAAAUCCAGAUAUAUACAUUGAUACAACCGGAUUCGCCUUCACCUACCCCAUAUUCCGAUACCUGGCGCAGUGCCCGGUCGGCUGCUACGUCCACUACCCGACCAUCACCAGCGCCAUGAUGAGGAGGGUCCAGCACAGGAUAGUGGCGUACAACAACUCCAGUCUCAUAGCCAGGAAUCCACUGUUCACAUGGAUUAAAUUACUCUAUUACAAGAUCUUCGGAUGGCUGUAUGGCGUCGUGGGCCGCUGUGCGGACGUGGUGAUGGUGAAUGGCUCGUGGACGGAGGGCCACAUCGCGGAACUAUGGGCCGUCCCAGACAACACCUACAAGGUCUAUCCACCAUGCGAGGUGUUGGAACUGAAACGGUUGCGCUCGUUAGUGAAGGACUCGGAUCCCAUAAACAUCCUGUCGGUGGCGCAGUUCAGGCCUGAGAAGGAUCACCCGCUGAUGCUGCAAGCGCUGUAUGAGUUGAGGAAUUUACUCAUCAAGAAUGAACUGCUUUGGCAUAGGAUAAAGCUUAUCCUGGUGGGUUCGUGCCGCAACGCGGAAGACGAGGAACGCGUGCGGAACCUGAAGGACCUCGCCAAGCACCUGUCGCUGGAGGACAGCGUGCAGUUCGUGGUGAACGCGCCGUACGCGCAGCUGCUGCGCCUCUACCAGACCUCCACCAUGGGCCUGCACGCCAUGUGGAACGAGCACUUCGGCAUCAGCGUAGUGGAAUCCAUGGCAGCGGGCUUGAUAAUGGUGGCCCACCGAUCGGGGGGGCCACUCAGCGACAUCGUGAACACUAUGGACGACGCCCGCACUGGCUUCCUCGCCACCGAGCCUGAUGAAUACGCGCGGGCCAUGCUCGAGGUCAUUGCCUUGUCACCCGAGGAGAGGAGGACGAUCGUCCAAGCGGCCAGAGCGUCAGUAGACCGCUUCUCGGAGGCGGAAUUCGAGAAGUCAUUCCUGAGAGCGGUGGAGCCCCUUGUGAGGAUAGACUAGCCUAUACCCACAUUUAGCUAUAUGCAGUAUGACAGAACUGCACAAUUAUAAUAUCGUAUCCACGGAGACAGUUGUCUUACAUGAUGGUUUGUUUGUAAACAUGGGUAAUGUGGAUACAGAUCCAAUAUCUAUAUAUUGGGCCCUAAGGGCCUACCAUUAAAUGUUUUCCGAAAUUUUGGAGCCAAACGAAACACAAAUUUGAUGUUAAAAUUACAUAAUACAUGCCGUUUGGAAAUAUUAAAAAUGUUAAAAUAUUAUUUUUUUAAAGUUUUAUGACGAACGAAAUGUUAAAACUCCAUUUAUUGGUCCGAUUUUGGUAUAAACGAAAACACAAAAUUGAGUCCGAAAUUUCGGAAUUUCAUUUCAUGGUAGACCCGCUAGUCCUCUAGACAUUGAUGGCGGAAAGUACAUCACUCAUUUCAAUAUCGCCCAUAUCGAUCGGAUAUCUGUUAUUCGAACAUGUCGAAAGUCUGUUAUAAUUUUUUUUUUUUUAUAACAAACUUUAACAUAUUCCUUAUU